AGUUCUAGCACCGCCCAAGACCACUCUCCUCUCCACGUCAUCCAAUGCCCAUCAUGCUUUGCGCAGCGCAUUGCUAGUUCUACGAGAGGACAUUUGUGAUAGGACACAGCUUUGAAGUCGGACAAACUCGACAGUAACCAUGGCCGACACCAUUGAGGAGAAGAUCAAGAACUACAGGACGGCACCUUUUGACGCACGUUUCCCCAACGUCAACCAGACGAAAAACUGCUUCCAGAACUAUCUCGACUUCCACAGGUGCAACAAGGCCCUGUCGGACAAAGGUAUGGAGACGGCCCCAUGUGACUGGUACCAGAGGGUAUACAAGAGCCUGUGCCCCAUGAGCUGGGUUGAGAAGUGGGAUGGGCAGAUUGAGGAUGGAAACUUCCCUGGGAAAAUCUAAGUGGACCAUUCGUCUCUCCUACAGAGUACCUCAUGAUUUUUAAUCAUGUGUCACUCUUCUAGUUCUUUCAUGUAGGUUUGAAAGAGAACGCCCUGUACCAUCCUGAAGGGUCAUCAAAAUGUUGUACAAUGUAAAUGUAAAUGUUGGUUACUUAAAUAAAGGCGCACAAUUUACCAUGUUAAUAUAA